AUGACAGCUGUCACUUUGUGUCAAAGCGAGGAACUGUAUAUUGGAUGUCUCGAUGUUCCCCGUCCGACCAGCAGGGUUGAAAUCGUGGCUGCCAUGCGACGGAUACGAUACGAGUUCAAGGCGAAAGGCAUCAAGAAGAAAAAGGUGACAAUAGAAGUUUCCGUGGACGGAGUAAAAGUUACUCUCAGAAAAAAGAAGAAGCGAAAACAUUGGUUGGAUGAAGGAAAGCCUCUUCUGCUUUCGCAUCCGAUUUACAGAAUUUUCUACGUCUCCCACGACUCUCAGGACCUGAAGAUUUUCAGUUAUAUCGCUAGAGAUGGAUCCUCAAACGUCUUCAAGUGCGCCGUCUUCAAAUCCAGCAAAAAAGUUCUGAUUCAAGAUUACAAAGAUGAUUAA